UCCUUUUAAAGACGAUGCUUGUGACUGGCCGGCACAGUUCGCUGUUAGCAUUCGUUCGGUUGACUUGCCCCGAGAGCUCAGGUCCCGUCAAUUAUUAUCCAUUAUCGUGGCAACAAGUGUCCUUUAAGGAUGUGCGUAAGCAACUCUUGUACGUUCAUAGUUUUCGGGCUUGCAAUCAUACUGAUUGGGAUUGCGGUUCCCGGCCUUGCCCAAAAUGAGGCCAGCGCCCAGACGGCCGUUCUGCCGGAGGAGUGCGGUAGCACGCAGAGAAUGGUAGAUGAGUGCUUCAAGGAUUUGCCACCACAUCUAAUGGAGUUUCUGCAGAACACCAAAAUUGUCAUCAGCAAGAGGGACAUCACGACAAAGUGCAACAUUUUUAACCGUGGCAUGCAAUGCUUUGAUGCCUACUCGAAGCGCUGCCUAAACGAUCGGAAGCUGGAAACCUUUAAAAACAAUGUGGAAGGAGCCCGUCGAUUUUUCUAUAAAUUUUGCGGCGAUGCGGAUUUUCAGCGAGAUUACCUGAGGCACAAGGACUGCUUCGCCUACAUCCAAUUGGACUGGGUCAGCUGCACAUCCGAAUUCGAGAGCAUCCUCAGUGACGAGGUACACGAUGGGACGCGAAAUGCCAGCGAAAAAUUUAUGGAAUUCUGUUGUGCCCGCUACGCCUACGAGAAUUGCAUCUAUAACAGUGCGAGAUACAAGUGCUACAAGAACUCAGCGGAGUUUGCACGGGAAACGGCCAAAAUGUUGUCCGACGAGAAGCACUUCAGGAACUGCGCCAUUCUCGAGAAUAUCUGCGGACAAGCCUCACGACUGGCCCGCCAAUGGCUCGGUACGCAGCUGACCCUGCUGCUGAUUCUGUUUGUGGUGCGACUUCUGCCGUAAAUCAAAGCUCAACAAAUGAAUGUGGGCGGGUGGUGGUGCUGUGGGUCUAUGGGUUAGUGGAUGUGUGUGUGAGUGUGUGUGGAUUUGGGUGUGGGGUGUGGAUAUGCAUGCGGUCUGGAUAUGGUGGUUUGAGAUUGAGUUUUUAUAUUUUGGUUGUCCUUCGGUUGUCCAAAUGAAAAUGCCAAGCAUUUUCGAGCUCCCUACCUCACUUUCUCUCUCUCUCUCUCUCUCUCGGUGGUGUAUUUUUGGAUAUGGUUGGGUGGGUCACGGGGUCGGAAAGCGGCACUGGUUUGCUAAGUCUGUAGUCUGCUAAGU